CUAAACGUCAGUUGGUGAAGUUUUUCAAAAAUUGUCAAAACAGAAGCUGGAGAUGUCUCCGGCCGUUGUGUAUUUUGUGGAAUAAUUACAAGUGCGGUUUUGUGCUGAUUGUUAAAUGUUUAGUAAGUGAUUAAGUGAAAAUAAAACAAGCAACAUACAGCUAAUUGGUGGAAGCAAUGAGUAAAACAAAACGCCGCUCCGGUGGAGCCUCUGAGGCUUCGCCAAAGGCACAACAAGCUCCGGCGGAGGCGAUGGAAGUUGACGUUGACGAUGACGCCAAUCUUUCGGACGAUGAAGAGGGAGGAACUCGCGUCGGAGGCAUCUACAUUCCCCCGCCGGUUCCACCGUACUGUUCAACAGAAUGUAAGGGCCCACGAUUGAUCAUCACAAACAUUUCAAACUACAAUUUUAAAAGCUACGCUGGUCAUGUAACAUUAGGACCAUUCCAUCAGCGGUUCUCGGCCAUCAUCGGACCGAACGGUAGUGGCAAAAGUAAUGUAAUCGAUUCGAUGCUUUUCGUGUUCGGGUAUCGAGCGCAGAAGAUCCGUUCGAAAAAGCUAUCGGUUUUGUUGCACAGUUCAUCGAAGCAUCCGAAUACUCCCACUUGCACGGUGGGAGUGCAUUUCCAGCAAAUUGUCGACAAAGAAGACGGUUCUUUCGAGGUAGUUCCCAAUUCAGAAUUUGUAGUUGCCAGGACGGCUUCCAGAGAUAAUUCCUCGUACUAUACGAUCGAUAAUAGGCGAGUUCAUUUCAAGGAGGUGUCGAAACUGCUGAAACAGCAUGGUAUCGAUCUGGAUCACAAUCGGUUCCUGAUUCUGCAGGGAGAAGUCGAAUCGAUCUCAAUGAUGAAACCGAAAGCACUGACCGAGAACGAUUGUGGUCUGCUGGAGUAUUUGGAGGAUAUCGUUGGAACGACCAGGUAUAAGCAACCGUUAGUUAAAAUCAACGAACGGGUCGAGAUGCUGAACGAGGAACGCACGGAGAAGCAUAACCGAUGCAAGCUGGCCGAACGUGAGAUGAAGGAUCUGGAGAAACCGAUGCACGAAGCCGUCGAGUAUCUGAAGUUGGAAAAUUCUCUCACCAGAACUAAAAACCAGCAAAUUCAGAAAUAUCUCAGCGAGCAACGAAAAAAGAUUGGAGAGCUGGAGGUAGAGCGAGAUCAGGCGGGUGAUAUUCUUAAAAAACAUGACGACACGUACGAGGCUUUGAAAAAAGAACGUCUCGAGAAAGAGGCGUUGGUGAAGGAAGAGAUUAAACAGUACGAUGGGAUGAUGAAGAAAAAAGAAGAAAAAGAAUCCGCUUUAAAGGCAUCGCUUGAUAAGUACACGAAAGUGCAGGCCAAUAUGAAGGCCACCAAUGAACGCCGGAAAAAGACGAUGGCUCAGAUUGAGACGGAAAAUAAAAAGUUACUAGAAUUAAAACUGAUACCGGAGAAAAAUACCAAGGAAAUUGCUGAGUCGGAGAAGAAAAUUGAAUCGUUGACCAAGCAGAAGACCGACAUCGAAACAAAGUUGACGGCAAAUUUGGCUACUUUAAAAGAUGAGACUAAAGUUCUGCUGGAGGAAAAGGAAAAACAGCAAACGGAGCUGAUCGAUUUGAAAAAAGCAGUCGACGAUAGCAAAUCGGCUUUGGCGCUGGCAGAAUCCGAACUAAAAAUUUGCCAACAUAAUGAAACUACAGAGAAGCGAAAACUAGAAACUUUAAAGUAUUCCUACGAAGAUUCAAACAAAUCGUACGAGGAAAAGCAGACGCGUUUGCAAGAGUUGGAACAAAACCUUCCUCAAUUGCGAAUUGAUCUGCAGACGGCACAGGGAAAACUGCAGGAAAACGUGACCGAAGAGAAAGAGCUCCGCCAGCAGCUGCGGGGUGUGCAGGCAAAGCUGCAAGAAUCGAUGUCGGCUAUGCAGGCUACCCGUUCUCAGGGUAAGGUUCUGGAUGCGUUGAUGAAACAGAAAAACGAAGGUCGCAUUCCGGGCAUUCUCGGUCGGUUGGGCAAUCUCGGUGGCAUCGAUUCCAAGUAUGACGUGGCGAUUUCAACGUGCUGCGGUCAGUUGGAUUUUAUCGUGGUGGAAAAGGUUAACGAUGCCCAGGCGUGCAUCGAUUUUCUGAAAAAGCACGAUAUUGGGCGAGCUUCGUUCAUUGCGCUGGAGAAAAUACAGCAAUAUGAGCAGUACUGUCACAGCCGGAUUCAGACACCGGAAAACGUGCCCCGCCUGUUCGACUUGGUGCGCGUCGAAGACGAGCGUGUCUUACCCGCGUUUUAUUUCGCCCUGCGUGACACACUAGUCGGCGAUAAUCUUGACCAGGGCCAAAGAAUCGCCUACGGUGCGAAACGUUACCGCGUGGUAACACUAAACGGAGAUGUAAUCGAAACCUCCGGUACGAUGUCCGGUGGUGGUCGUUCGAUGCAGCGAGGCCGCAUGGGUACCAAGGUGCAAACCAAAACGUCCGCUUCGGAUACACCCAAAUCAAACAAGGAAGUGGAACACUUGCAAGUCAAGGCACAGGAAAUACAGUCGCAGAUAAACUUCCUGCAAGAGCAACAGGGUCAACUGGAACAUGAGAUCCAAAAGUUAGCCGCACAAUUGAAGCACCAGGAGAACGAAGUCAAACGACUGAAGAUGGAUGUCAACAGUUUGUCCGAACAGCUGCCUCGACUGAAGGAACAAGUCGAACGCCAGCAGGCUCGGGUGGCCCAAACUCACUCCGAUCCGGAGAAAGUUCGUGCAUUAGAGGAAAAGGUGAAAGAAUGCAAAGCGGAACACAAAACCUCUAGCGAUGCGGCCAACACCAUCCAAAAGAAGGUCGAUCAGAUAACUGCCCAAAUCACCGACAUCACCAACAGCAAAGUGAAAGACCUGCAGACAAAAAUUAACAAUCUGACUAAACAAAUCGAUAAAUUGACGACAAACAUCUCCAAGCUGACGGUGGAAAUCAAAACGUCGGAGCGCAACGUAAAAAAGGCGGAAGAUAAAAUCCAAAGCAUGGAGGAGGAAGUGGUGGCGGCUCAGACCGCCAUCCGCCAGGGAAACGACGAACGGGAAAAGUUGGACGAGCAAGCCACCGAGCUGAAGCGGGAAAUCGACGAACUGCAGGUGGAGAUCGAAAAAGCCCACGACGGAUCGUCCAGCAUCAAGAAGGAGAUUGUGGCGAUACAGAAGAAGGAAUCCGAGGGCAAGAUGAAGCGGCUGGAGUUCGAGCAGAUUCUGCAGGCGAUCGAGAAGAAGCUGAGCGAAGUGAAGGACACCAUUCCGCACUGGAAGAAUAAGUUGAAACCUCUCAAGCUACACGCAAUCCCCGGUGAACCGACACCCGAACCGCUGCGAGAGUACACCGAGGAGGAACUGGACAGCUACAAAUUAGCCGACCUGCAGUACCAAAUCUCCAUUCAAGAGGAAAAGCUCAAUUCGAGCAAACCAAAUCUGUCCGUCAUUGAGGAGUUCCUUAAGAAACAGGAAGCCUAUCUGCAGCGGGUGGCAAUUCUGGAGGAGAUCACCGCCAAGCGUAAUGAAAUGCGGCAGUUGUAUGACGAUGUGCGAAAGAAGCGGUUCACCGAGUUUAUGCAGGGUUUCCACAUCAUUACUAAGAAGCUGAAGGAGAUGUACCAGAUGAUCACGCUUGGUGGGGAUGCUGAACUGGAACUGGUUGAUUCCAUGGAUCCCUUCAACGAGGGUAUUGUGUUUAGCGUUCGACCGCCUAAGAAAUCGUGGAAGAUGAUCUCCAAUCUGUCCGGAGGUGAGAAAACUCUCUCAUCGUUGGCUCUUGUUUUUGCACUGCAUUACUAUAAACCAUCUCCGCUAUACGUAAUGGACGAAAUUGAUGCUGCGUUGGAUUUCAAAAACGUGUCCAUUGUGGCACAUUAUAUCAAGGAACGAACGAAAAACGCUCAGUUUAUAAUCAUAUCACUUCGCUCCAAUAUGUUCGAACUGUCGGACUACCUGGUCGGUAUUUAUAAGGUGACUGACUGCACCAACUCAGUAACGAUCAAAAAUGAUCCUCCGAAGUUCCACCAUUCCGCAUCGCAACAGCAGCAGUCGUUCACCUUCAAUCCCAAUCUGAGCUUACAGUCGGAAAUCAGUAUCGAUCAGUCCGGAGGCGGCGACGCAAGUAAAAAGGACGAUUAUCAAAAGGAUACUACGGCGGAGCAACCGUCGAUUGCUAUGUCCCAGCCGAUGGAGGUGUCGGUUGAUGCUAAUUAAAAGUAGAUUAUUGUGUCGAUUUGUGUGUAUUUAAUUUCAUUUGACGAUUCUGAUUACAUUAACCGUUUCUAGCUGUUAGACAAUAUUUUUGACAUAUCUACCAUAACAAGUACUUUUUGUAUGUGAAACCCA